CGGCCAGCUUCCUCCCCAGCCAAUCAGCCUGCGGGGCUGCCCAUCGCCAGCCAACGAGAAAGGAGAAUGCUAACGAAGUGACGUCAACCGAGAGGGGUGCCCCCAUUCAGAAAAAAAAAAAAAAAAAUGAAAGAAACCCACGGAGCGGAGCCAGGCGGCGUUCCCCGCGGAACUGGGUGUAACCAUCUCCAGCGCGCCGAGCCCGCGGCUGCCCCGGGGUCCGCGGCCCCGAUGGCUCCGGAGCGCGGGGCUCGCUCGCUGCCCUGCGGCACUGAGGGGCUGCCCAGAGCCUUCCUGCAGAGCCUGCGGACCCUCUUCGACAUCCUGGAUGACCGGCGGCGGGGCUACGUGCACCUGCGGGAGAUCGAGUCCCGCUGGCAGGGGGCCGAGGCCCGGGAGCUCCCCCCCGGCGUGCUGGAGGGGCUGCGGCAGGCGGCCCCGGCCAGCGGCUACCUCACCUUCGAGAGGUUCGUGCUGGGGCUGCGGGCCUCGCUGCUGAGCCCGGCGAACGGGGGUAAAGCGGCCCGGCCGGCCCCGGGCGGGUGCGACCCCCAUGGCAAGGCGCGCCCCGCCGCCCCCAAGGGCGGGCCGGGCCGAGGGCAAGGGGAGCCCAGGCCGCUGGCCGAGAAGGGCAGGUACUCGAGCGGGCUCGCCGGCAGCUCGUCCCGGAGCAUGGAGAAGAUCCCCAGCCCGCCGGGAGUCCCCGCGCCCCGGGCCGAGGGGGACCGCGGGGGGCAGAGCCACGGCAGGCGCAGAGGUGCCGAUGGGAAGCCCACAGGACAGUCCCAUGGCGAGGGCAACGGCACGGGGGUGGCGGACGCUCGGCGGCAUGAGAGAGGUCGCGGUGAGCACCGGAGACACACCAUCACCAACGGGGUGGACUAUGGCAUGCUGAAGCAAAUGAAGGAGCUGGAGCAGGAGAAGGACUUCUUGCUCCAGGGGCUGGAGAUGGUGGAGCGGGCCUGGGAAUGGUACCACCAGCAGAUCCAGACAGUGCAGGAGCGCCAGAAACACCUGGGGAAAAACAAAACCACAAAUGACUUCUUCUCAGAGGGGAACCAAAGCCACCUGGGUCACCUUCUACCCAAGCUUCAGGAAGUGAACCGCUGCCUCAGAGAGCUCCUGUCCGCCUCGGGGAAGCCUCUGAACUCCUCCUCGUCGGCACUGACCAGGCAGGUCCCUGCUGCCCCCACGCCGCCUCCUGCCCUGGCAGGGCCCCAGCAAGCCAUCAGUGUGCUGAAGGAACAAAACUGGCUUCUCACCAAGGAGGUGACUGAGAAAAGCGAGCGGAUCACCCAGCUGGAGCAGGAGAAAUCCGCCCUGAUCAAGCAGCUGUUUGAGGCACGGGCCCGAAAUAACCAUGAAACAAGCCAGCUGGACUCCACCUUCAUCUAGCCCCCCUGCUGAUCUCCCACACCCCAGGCCAGGGCUCUGGGGAGGGGCUGGGCAGGGACACCGCUGCAAAAGCAGCCCCAGCCAGCCUACCUCAGUCGCCAGGUCUGAGCCUCCAUGGGGCCUAGGCUUAUUGUGGGUUUCUAUGGGGCCGUGACUCCUGCCCAAGUCUCGUUGGUUCCCUUGCUCCUUGGUGAUGCUGCGCCUUGUUUGUGGUAGGUCCGGAGAUCUAGCAAAGCACCUGAACUGAUCCCUGUCUGAUACCAGAGCCUGUCCCAGGCCUCCCUUGCAGAGCUCUGGCACCUCCCCACAUCUGUGCGCUGGGCUGUGACUGGAUGGCAUCUCCCACUCGGGUAUGCUGUUGCCCUUCUGCCUUGGAAACUGAGCGGGGCACCAUGCAAGUCUUCCUGAUGCAUUUCGCUUGUGGUGAGGGAAGCACCGUACUCCAAAGGUUUUCUCCUCCUUCCAGGUGCUGUCUCUGCAGCUGUACAGUACUCGGGAGGGCUGCUACGCCCUCAGCCCCUUGCGUGACGCGGCUGAAUGCCGGCUGCUUUCCGAGGGGGACUGCGUAUUGCUGCUUAACACUCCUGUUGGCAUCUAAGGGGCACAGUGACCACUCAGAGGCUGGUUCCUCACGUGCCUAACCCCUCACUCCAGCACCGGGUAGCUUGAAUGUCCAUGGUAGUGUCCCAAGCUCCACCCACUCAUGACACCAAGACCCUGUCUGCAGUAGCUGGUGCAGAUCCUCAUGGCAUGAUAGCCCCUCUCUCGUGUUUGGAGUAGCGAUGAAAUAGUCAAUGUUUACACUUCAACUGACAUAGUUAAGUUUUGGGGUUAACACCUCAGUGAGAUGAAUAGAGCAGUUCCCAGCUCUGAGCUACUGUUCCAGGCUGCCUGCAGACUCAGGCACACAUCCCUGCAUCAGUUACACUCAGUUAACAUAGGAAAGAUUUUCCUUGUGACCCACCAGGGGUAAAAACUUUUGAUUGGUUGGUUUGUUUGAAAUGCACAAGGGAGCAGCUAGCAGGCUCCUGGAGCCAGCCCACUCCAUCCCCCUGAACCAGAGAGGUUUCGGGACUAAGAUUCCCUACCGAACAAACACAGCCAGAGGGUAGGAUGCAGAUGGACUGUUCCCUUCCCUCCCCACUUCUGCCUGCCUUCUGAGGGGUGAAGAAAUUGCUGCUUUGCUGGGCUGAAUGCUGCAAUCACCUUCCCAGGGCAUGACCUGUUUACAGGGGUGGAUGGGUUUUCUGGAAGCAUGAGCCAGGAGGGGCCGGUGCUGCUCAGGGUAUUUCCCCUCACGUUUCUCUUCACACUCAUCAGCGCAGAACUGUCCAGGAUGGUGCCUCAACCAGGCAGGGCCCUGGGAUCAUAUUGCUCGAGCAGCAUCUGUGACACUGAAGGACAUCGCUGACCCCCAUGAGUUUAGCUACUGUUUCCCUCUCCCCUUAAUGCUGCCCCCUUUCCAUUCUCCCGUCAUUCAUCCUCCACCCUGCCACCUUCAAAUGGAGCAGAAAAGUGGCCUCAAGAAAAGCCUCUUGUAGCUGCCCCCUUUGUCUCCUGUGACUCCUCACCAGCCAUAGGGCUGUGCCAGGACAUGGUUCUCUCUGGCUCAGGCCUUAACGAAGCUGCCAGCCACCUGCUUCCUCCACCCACCCCAAAUCUCAGCCUAGGUGCCUGUGCAAACUGGAAUGGACCUUACUGUCCCCUCCCAUCCCCCCCCCCCCCCCCAGCAUUGCUCUGAGACAGCAGUUUGACAAACCUUCCUCUGAUCUACCUGGCUGACUGAAGGCCAUAAACCCAACUCCUAAAUAGACUGUGAACAAUGGUGGGAAAGGAGGUGACCUUCAGCCCAGAAUUGUGUGCAGCACCUGGCGCAAUGGGGCCCCAGUGCUGAUUGGCGGGCAGGGUGUUGCUGUAAUGAUAUCACCUGGCCUGCACGUAUCAGAACAGGGGGUCUCUUGCCAGGCACCAAGAAAAUUGCUCUGCCCCCUCUAGGGCAAGUCCCCCUUGGAUUCUGGGGAGAGCUGCGCUGGCAGGAGGCCCAGCUGCUGAGAGUCAGGUCUGUUGAUCUAGCAGGAGUGAGAUCUCUGGGCCUGGUUUUGCUCUCCUGCCCGUUCUCUAGGCUUCACGCCCUCUGCUCUGCGGAGCCGAGCUGAACUCGCCAUUCCUGGUCCUCUGGUUCCUGGAGCUGUCACAGGGCAAACUUGAUAAAGCCAGGGGUUUCAGGCUAUGAGAUCACCUUCCAGUUCUGUGCUUAAGUGCAUGGAGCCUGGCGUGUGUCUGUUCACACAACAGGUUACCCCUUGGACCUUUUGUUUGGGGCUGUUUCCCUCCAUCCCCUCCCAUGAGAUGUGUGCUCCUGGCCCUGCUGCCUGGGGGUGCUUGUUUCUGUUCCUAGGAGGGGUUAAAGAGGGCUCCCCUGCUCCGGUCCCCUAGCCUGCCCUACCUCCCCCUGCUGCUAUGGGCAUUACGAAAUCCCUCUUGUGAAUGUUUACAGCUUGGCCUCUGUAGGCAGCUGCAGCCGUAGCUGAGCUCCUUGGUGAGUUUUUGUAUUGUCUAACCACACUUGUGAUAAUCCACAGGCUUUUUUUCAAAUAAAAAGCAAAAAUAACACCGGGGGUCUGUGUUCUCCGCGAUCGACCUGCGGUGACAGCUGUGGAUGCAGGCCCCUUGGUGAGCUAGCCCCAUCUAGCAGGUGCAGCUACUGCGUUGGGGGACAGCGACCCUUCCUGCAAACGCCC